UGAGACAUAACAAUUUCAUCGAUUUAUUCCCAUGAAGGAAAUACUCGAUAACAAGAACAUUAUGUUGUUAACGAACCAUUAUUAGGCGUGCUUCAGUUGAAAUCUUAGGUUUUCUGAUUAAUGCUAAGCAGAGCAAUGACGCUCCAAUUAAAUGUUUUGCGUCUUUKAAGGCUUACAUGUCGGAAGUUUCACAGAACCUUCAAUAUACCCUGUCAGCCUUAAUAAAAGGUGCCUGUCUUGAUGAUGUACGUAGUGGUUGCUAUAGAACCGCUGUAAAGCUGCUUAAAUUGACACCAUUGGAGUUUGGAGUUCCAUCAGACAAGGGAGAGAAGUAUAUGCCAAUACAAGUGUGGUGCCUAGUCUAACAAUUUCAAAAUUGACCAGUUGUAGUAAGGAAAAUUCAUGGUUUGCAAACGUUUAACAAAGAAGGGACAAUUUAACAAAUAUAAUCAAGAUAGUUUUCAGUGUCAAAGACGAACAACUCAUCGUAAUGAAUAACACUUCAAUGGUUAACAACCCGAAAGCUUCACGUGGAUCUGACGUCUUGCCGUAUACAGAGGCUUGGCUUUUUGGAUUUGGACUUGAAUCAUUAACAAUAAUUACCCUUAACGUUUUAACCCUUAUUGUUUUAACACAAACAUAUGGGUUGAGAAAGCGAACUACGUACUUCCUCAUCAAUUUAGCAGUGACUGACUUAUUUGUCGGUUUGCUUCCUUUACCAAUGUACAUGAUCAACAUCGCUAAUCCAGUCUUAAUGAAGAGCAACGCUGUCCUCUACGAAGCAUUCCAGUUCCUUGAUAUGAUGUUCGGCGCAUGCUCAGUUUGGACUUUGGCGCUGAUAUCAUUGGAAAGGCUAUGUAUUGUUCUAAUGCCAUACGCUCAUCGAUCAGCCAAAUUACGUAGCUACUUUUGCGCCAUUGGAUUCUGUUGGCUUCUUCCUGCAAUCGUAGGGGUAAUAGGCUUCCUACCUAAACAUGGCCUGUUGAAUAGGACAGUGUAUCUGUACAUUAUAUUUCUUUCACUUCUUUUCAUUCCUACGGCCACUUUAGUCAUAUCCCACAUUGCUCUUGGCGUGAAGUUCAACCAGCGAAGUAACAAGAUUCGUCGCGCAAGACAGGAGAAUGAUCUCAGUAAGACAUUGCUCAUCGUAACUGGGACUUUCCUUGUAUCUUGUCUUCCAUUUCAGACUUUGGUAUUUUUUAUAGCAUUAGAUCCUAAAUACCCUAUUCAGUUAACGAUCAUUGUAGCAUUGAAACUUCUUCAAUAUGCCAAUUCCUUUAUGAAUCCUAUCAUCUAUUGGCCAAGGCUACCAGGCUUCAAGGAGGCUGCACGUAAACUACUCCCCUCGAAAUCAAAGCGAUCAGCGAGGCAAUAUUUACCACCUACCUCAUCAUCUCCCGUCUAACAAUAAAAUUAAAAAAAUAUUAAAUAAAAUAAACUCUUAUUAGCACAAAAUAAAUCGAACUCGAUCAUUAGAUAGAUCACUAAAACGUUAAAUUAGUACUAUUGAGCAACUACUUAAUUAGCGUAAUCCCUUUAUAUAUUAUAUUCCUUUCCUCAAUUAUAACUUAGCCAGUAUCAUWGUGAAAAAGAACAUCAAGGAAGUAUCCAACAAUUCACAAUGAAAGUCAUGAUGAAAGCUUUUCACCGAGACUCAAUGAUAGGACAGAUAACAGAAGCGAUAUGUGUCAGAAAGACCCCAGACUCCCACGGGAGAUCAUAUACACCUUUUAUGCAAAUAYAAKUCCGAAAACAACAUUAAGAACUGAAGAGGCCGGGAAGGCGAAACGUUUUCUUCAUACUACACUCAACUCGAUACGUAGCAAAGGUUUUAUAAUACUUAUAAUUACCUAAGGCUCGUAAUGGUCUCUCUCCUACCUACACUCUCCUACCUACAUCACUUCUCUUCUUACAGACUAUAGCACCUCUCGACGCCUCAGAUCU